AUGGCGUUGGACACACUUAUUGAGGAGUUUGCGUUGGGAACCACAAAACUUUUGCGUGUGCGCGUGUUUUCGACGCCACGCCUCUGUGCUGUGCGUUUUCCUCCGCGCGUUGAUUCCAUACCAAACUCAUACUUGGCAUUCCGCGUUUUUUCUGCCAAACGCGCUUGUUUUAAUUUACCGAGGAACUACUCGCUAUCCCGAAGGAAAAUCUGCUGUAGAAACCAAAGUAUACGGAGAGGAGUGUGCGGCCGUAGCAGCGGGGGUAGGAAAGCCAUUGUGAGGUGUGUUGUGGCUGGAGCCGCCAUCAUUGCGUCGGAGUGGAGUUGCCGUGGCAGCCCUGAUGGGGCGCAGGAGGAAGCUGGCGAUGGCGAAGGCCUGGCAGACGGGGCGGACCGUGGAUUGGAUGGCGACCCCGAAGGGGUGUGGAGUCCAGACAUUGAGCAGAGCUUUCAGGAAGCUCUGGCCAUCUACCCUCCCUGCGGCAGGAGGAAGAUUAUACUUUCAGAUGAGGGCAAGAUGUAUGGUCGAAAUGAGCUGAUCGCUCGCUAUAUCAAGCUACGAACAGGGAAGACGCGCACACGCAAACAGGUGUCUAGUCACAUUCAGGUUCUGGCACGUAAGCGGGUACGGGAAUACCAGAGCAGCAUCAAGGCCAUGAACUUGGACCAGGUAUCCAAAGACAAGGCGCUGCAGACAGUAGCCAACCUCUCUUCAGCUCAGAUUGUUUCUGCGAGUGUAAUGAAACCCCAGACUCCGUUCCCUCCAGCAGUCAGAUUUUGGCCCGGCCCUGUGACAGGACAGCCUGGCCAUUCUCAGGACAUCAAACCCUUUGCACAGCCACCAUACACUACACUACCAGCCUCUGUCCCUGCACCUAUCAGUUAUGAGCCCCUGUCUCCCCCACGUCCUGCAGCUAUAACAGCUCCUGUAUGGCAAGACAGAACCAUUGCCUCAGCAAAACUACGACUACUGGAGUACUCUGCUUUCCUGGAGGCCCAGAGAGACAGAGAGACGUAUAAACACCUUUUCGUACACAUUGGUCCAUCAAACCCAGGCUACAAUGACCCUGUGUUGGAGUCCAUAGACGUGAGGCAGAUUUACGACAAGUUCUCUGAGAAGAAAGGAGGUCUGAAGGAGCUGUAUGAAAAAGGGCCACACAACGCAUUCUUCCUCGUCAAGUUCUGGGCGGACCUGAGCGGCGACAUUGAGGAGGGUUCUGGCGUGUUCUAUGGCGUGAGUAGCCAAUACAGUGGAACAGAGAACAUCACCAUCAGUGUCUCAACAAAGGUCUGCUCCUUUGGCAAACAGGUGGUGGAGAAGGUUGAGACUGAGUAUGCACAUAUGGAAGGAGGAAAGUAUGUGUUCCGCAUCCAUCGUUCGCCCAUGUGUGAAUACAUGAUAAACUUCAUCCACAAGCUCAAACACCUGCCAGAGAAAUACAUGAUGAACAGUGUACUGGAGAACUUCACCAUCUUACAGGUGGUGUCCAACAGAGAAACUCAGGAGACUCUGCUGUGCAUCGCCUUCGUGUUUGAAGUGUCCACUAGCGAACACGGAGCGCAGUACCACGUUUAUAGACUAGUUAACGACUAGCAGCACAUCGUGUGCAUACAGAGACUCUCCACAGACUUUUUUUUUUUUGAUACAUACAGCAUAAACACUACUUCCUGUUCAAACUCACAGAAUCCCCGCUGCUCUAGACACGCAUUUUAACAGACCAACAGUCGCGCUGUAGUCACACCUGUCGUUUCACGUGUAUGCAUUUGCAUCAGACUGUGCACAUAUUUCAACUACGUCCCAUGGUUUGAAGAAUAAAGUGAGAUUCAUUUUUAUAGAUUUUGACCAAACUGUGGCACAAUUAUCACUAAGUGUUGUGAUGUUAUCCCAUGUAGUUAUUCACUAACGGAAAUGUCUCAUGGCACCAUGGUUCAUUAAAGCUGUUAGGUUUUUUUAAAAGUAGAACUUUAAUUCACUCACUGACAUAAGAUAUAGAAAACAUAAAAGAGAAACCAGUAACAGAGCUUAAAACUUUGUAAAGUUUAAUGUGUGAUUUUAACAUGUGAUAUUCUUCAUUAAUACACAUCACAUGAUUAAAUAUUUGCAGGGAAAUUUCCGAGCAUAUGCAUUCACUUCAUAGGUGUGACUGAUGCGAGGCGAGUUUGAGUUUAGGUUGGCAAACAAAGCAUUUAAUCAGUGUUAAUGGAACUCUGGCACAAUGACUAUUUCUUCUACAGUCUGUAGUAGGUGUACCAAUGAGGAGGGAAAGAUCUUUUGGUCAGAUCUCAAGCAGGUGUUUGGAAAGUUUGGCUCAUUUGUCUUUUGAAACAAAAUAGCUCACAAACCCGUUUCAGAUUCAGUUCACACCUUCGUGUCAGCAGCAGUUGGAAUGAAAGAAGGAACUUUUUUACAGUUCAUCAACACAAUAAUGUUUUUACGUAGACUCUGUGGGCUUGCUGCAGUAUUUCUACCUCCAUGCGAGUUGGAAUGUGCUUUGGUUGAUAAAGCCUUAACCUGAGGAGCACUGAUGUAUAGGAAUUGUACACUACACAACACUUGUAAUGGUACUGUUUCAAAGCCAAAACAAAGUAUGAGUAGACUUGUUUUUUGUAAAGAUGAGCUGAAUCUUUUUUUUGUGUGUGUUUCACCACGGCUAGAAGUGUUACUCUAAACAUCACAUACGAUGAGUGUUUCGGCUGUUUAUUUUCUGAUGUAUGCACAAUGUUGUAUGGUACAGACCGUACCGUGGUCACCCACAGUGCACUGGGGUAGGGUUUGCCUGAUAACACUAGCAGUUUAUCCAGCUUACACAUGCUUUUUUUUUUCUAUGCAAUGUUUUUGGUUUUUGGUACACGUUGGCUACCAGUAUUUUUUUUUUUUUUUAAUCUUUGACUCUGUCACACCCUCACUACAGGAUUAUGUUUUUACCAUGUGGAAGGUGACUGGUGUUGAUGUUGAAAGUAAAGUUUUAAAGGUAGGUUUUAAAUAACCAUAUUCACUGUGUGGUCAGCCAGAAUUGCUUUUUUUGUUUUGUUUGUUUGUUUCCUCCCUUGUCUGUGUACUCUGACUGGCUGUGCCGCAUCACUCCUUUGGUCAGGUGUGGUCAAUGAAUUAAAUCUGUGCCUUUUAAUGCUGUACCAAUAAAACAAUAUGUUGUUUGCAGAA